UCACUACAACUUCAGUUUCAUAUUCAUCGAUAUUUACAAAAACAAAUUGUGCGCUGAAUAGAUUUUUUCAUUAAACUUAAGAUCAAAUAAAUCUGAUUUCUUUAACAGAGUGAAUCUGCAUCUUCAUUCCUGGUGGAAUCUUGUCAUUGGUUCAUCUUCCACAUCAAAACAAAAUAGCAACUACAUUCUCUGGAACUAUUAAUUGGAGAAUGAGUCAACAUGUAAUUGAAAUAAGUGUGAACAAUGAGUUCUGAAAGCCAAAGUCAAUCUCAAACUGCAUUAGCUUCAUUGCAUGCUACUUACACUGAUUCUGAAGGAGAAGCUGAAGAUUCUGAGGGAGAAGAAAGUAGCCCCGUUAAAAUUCCUUCUCCCAAUAAAGAGAGUAGCCAUAGCUCAAUGGAUGGUUUUGCUAAAGAGAACAAGCAACAAUCAAAAUUAGUGUCAUAUUCUACUGAAGCUCAUGAAGAUGAAGAUAUGAGUAAUUCAAAUGACAGUAAAUCUUCAUCCGAUAUGCAAGAUGAUUUUUUUUCCUUACAGUCAUCAGAUCACAAGGUAGUACCAACCGGAGCCCCACCUUUAUCACCAGUUUCAUUUCAUAGGAGUCUUUUAAAUUUGAAAGAAGAAGAUUUGCAACUUCCUAUCGAGCCAAUUGGAAGAUGUUCAAAAUCCCUGCAGGAAAAAAUUAGUGAUUUAUAUGAAAAGAAAAAGAAUGGCAAAGACAUGAAUGCCUCAAUUCAAAAGCGAAAAGAUUUUAGAAAUCCCAGUAUCUAUGAGAAGUUGAUCUCAUUUUGUAACAUUGAUGAACAAGGAACAAAUUAUCCACCUGAAGCAUAUGAUCCUCACUGUUGGGGUCCUGAAUCAUUUUAUGAAGAACUUGCUAAACGGCAAAAGGAAGAAAUGGAUAAACGAGAUAAAGAAAGGAAAGACCGAACUAAGGUUGAAUUUAUAUCGGGUACAGUUAAAAAACCUACUGAUUCUGCUUCUGAUGCUGCGAAACGUAAGAGUAAAUGGGAUGUUGGAAUGAGCCAGAUGCCCGCAUCUGCUUUGAAACCUGCAGCACCUGUUACAAUAUUGCCAGUUCCUACUGGUACAAAACCAACUGUAAUAUCAGCUUUUGGCACUAUUUCCAAAAAAGCAAAAAUGUAGUAAUGGUAAAUAGGCAUUACAUAGCAUUCAGCAGGGGUUUUUUUCCCUUCCCAAUCUCGAAAUGGACAAAUUAAGGUAAUGAGUCCUAAGAUUAUAAAAGCAAGUAUUUCCAGUCAAAGGCUACUUUUAUUGUUUAGCUUUAAAAAAAAUAGUUAAGUUAAAAAUGUAAGACUAUUGAUAAAAAAAAACCUGCAUCUGCGUUUCAACCAAGUAGUUUAUUUUGGCAUUUAAUUUAUGAUUUUUCUGCUAUUUAUAAAACUAAAUUUUUAAACAAUUUCUUAACACAUUCCACCUUUUUUUAAUCUGGUGUUGGAUAUUGUGUACAGUUAUAAAGGUUUCUAACAAGGUGACAUUUUCUUUCCUAACCUCACUGUGACAUGGAUCAGCAUUUACUGUAAUAUAAUUUGUUUCCAAGACUGUUUUCUUAAAAAAAUUGUUACUCAAAUAAGUAAGAAUUUUGAGUUGAUAAAAAUAUUAAAAAUUUUGUUUUUAAUAUUUAAAUUUUUUUUAAGAAUAAUUUCUAAAUAAUGAGUGUAUUUUAAAAUUUUUGUUAAUUUUUUGAUGUAUUGUUGUUGUAUUUUAGGUUGUACUAAUUUAAUUCUUGCACUCUUUGAGUAAUUUUCUCUUGAUGUAAGUUUUAUAGUUUUUUUUAAAAAAAAAAGCUAACAUAUCUUUUUUCUUUAUUUAUCAUACUCAUUAAUAUUUAAUGAAAGAUUUUUGAUAUAUUCAUCUUGCGUUGCAAAAUAUUGAUAAACUUUGUAUUAUUUUUAGAAUUUUUAAGUUUAUUAGGUAAUCUAUAUGACAAGCAUUCAUCUAUGUUAAUAAUUUCUCUUUCAUGCAUUUUGUUUAAAAAAAUAGUUUUUUAUUUUUAUUUUAUUAGUAUUCUAAACGUUUUAUUUUGAUGAUAUUUUGAUGUUUAAAUAACUGUAAUAAUUUAAAUUGGUUAUGCUGUUUUUUAAUUUUAAUUAUGAAACUAUGUUUAGAUUUAAUGUAUCUGAUGCAGGUUGUAUAUAUGUAAAUAAAAUCUCUUUUAAUUGAUA